UUAAUGCCAAACCUAUUUACAAUUGUCUGUCAACUGCUGGUGAGAACCUUGCUUUACUUGCUCCUGACUGAAACGCAUUCAUACAGCGAUGUCAUCUUCUACCCCCCUUCUGUCCGAAGAGUUGUUCCAGUGCUCGGUGUGUCUGGAUGUGUUCACUCAGCCUGUUUCUCUGCCAUGUGGUCAUACGUUUUGCCAGUCAUGUGUUCUGACACAAUGGAUGGCAUCUGGUGCUUCCCACUGCCCAAAGUGCUCCACAGCUUUUCAGGAAAAACCAGAACUGUGUGAAAAUUCUUUUGCUCGUGAGAUGGCCGAGCAAAUUCGUAAGCAGAGGGGUCAAACGCCAAUGCCGCAAUUUCCAGUGAUCCCAGACAAUAUAUUAUGUGACAUGUGCACUAAAGAGAAAGCAUCGCUUGCUGUAAAAUCGUGUCUGGUUUGUGUGGCUUCAUAUUGUGCGGAUCAUGUGACCUCUCACACCUCCAGAUUCGUUAAACACAUGCUGGUGCCACCGCAGAGGAGGAUGGAUAAGCGAAUUUGCAGAAUACAUGAAAGACCUUUAGAGCUUUACUGCAAAUAUGACCAAACCUGUGUGUGCGUGCUGUGCACGAAUACAGAACACAAGACCCAUCACACAAUACCAGUGGAAAGAGAAUGGGAAGAGAGAAAGAUUCAGCUACAGAAGACACAGUCUGACCUUAAGAGGAUGAUUAAGGAGAGACGGAGAAAAGUGGAGGAGCUCAAGGACUCUAUAAAAUUCAGCAAAGAGAACACAGAUUGCGAGAUGACAUUCAGCCUUGAGGUCUUCACUACACUGUUGCAGUUUAUAGAAAGAAGUCAAAAUGAGCUGAUCCAAAACAUGAAACAAAAGCAGAAAACAGCAGAGACAAAAGUGGGGAAACUCAUUGAAGAGCUGGAGAUGGAGAUCUCUAAACUACACACCAAACAAUCCGAGCUGGAAAAAGUCUCAUGUUCUGAAGAUCACCUCCAACUCAUUCAGUCAUUUCCUAACCCAGGUGUUGUGCCUCAGUGUAAAAGCUGGUCUCAGAUCAGCGUGCACACGUCUCAGGGACUGGGGCUACUGAGAGAGACUCUGACUGCUACAGAAGAACUGAUGGCGAAGCAAAUACACACUGUCACACAGAGAGAACUUGAGGCAAUAUCCCAAUAUUCAGUGGAUUUAACUCUUGACCCUGAUACGGCAAACCCCUGGCUGAUGCUGUCUGAAGACAGAAAGUGUGUGAGUGAUGGCAAUAUGGAGCGCAGUUUUCCAAAUAAUGCUGAGCGUUUCGACACAGCACCAUGUGUCUUGUCGAAGGAGCCCUUCUCGAAAGGAAGGAGUUAUUGGGAAGUAAGUGUGUCCAGUAAAACAGCAUGGGACCUGGGGGUGGCCAAGCAAUCAGUUAACAGGAAGGGUGUGGUGACACUGAGCCCGGACGAUGGAUACUGGGCGGUUUGUCUGAGAAGGGGCAAUGAAUACAGAGCCUGUGAUCAUGAAUCAGUUCUACUAUCAAUGAGGACUCAGCCACAAACGAUCAGCAUAUUUGUGGAUUUUGAAGAGGGACAGGUUUCAUUCUAUGAUAAGAAUGCUUCUGCUCAUAUUUAUUCCUUCUCUGGACACUGCUUUACUGAGAACUUGCUGGCCUAUUUUAACCCAGACAUGAAUGAUACAGAAAACAACAAAGGCCCUUUGGUAAUACAACCUGUCAAGCUUGUCAAUGGGGCAACAUGUGAUAUCAUAACAAUAUAAAUGGUAACGCUUUAGAUUACGGCCCGCAAUGAACCACAUAAUUAACUAGGAUUUACAGCAACUAAUUGUAACAAUAAUGUACCUCUACAGUACAUAUCUGUAGGUGAAGGGAAACAAUAUACAAAGUUUGGGAAAUUAAGGGGAAAGAUGUUAAAAAAAAACAUGUAUUAGGAAACUGCAUGCCAUAAAAACAUCCAAAUCAAACUGCUCUUAAAAUACUUGAUUAUAGUCUCAGGAGAUGGACGUUGAUUUUGCACAUUUUACACAUUAAAAUUCAGCAAAAUAACUCAUAAUUAAAAUAAAUUGUUUGUUACCAACAAUCCCAAAAUAAUCAAAUAUAAAUGAUUCCUAAAAUCAAAAAUAGUUGCCCUUAGUUUUAAAAUAUUUUUUUGAAUUUCUUAAUUCCCUAAAUUUUGAAUAUUGUUCCCUUUACCUACAGAUAUGUACUGUAGAGGAACAUUACUGUUAUAAUUAGUAACGGUGUAAAAUCUGGUUAAUAAUGUGGUACAUUGCGUUCCAUAAUCUAAAGCGUUACCAUAUAAAGACUACAGACCAUUCCACAAAACACAUUUUACUUAGAAAAUGUUAUGCAUUCAGUUUCUCAGCAGAUUUUUUAUUAAUUUAAUUAAAUGUAUUUUAUUAAUAAUAAUAAUAAUAAUAAUAUACAAUUGGGGAAAAAGUAAGAGACCAUUCCAAAUUUUCAUUUCAAAUCAGCAUUCUAGAUUUCUAGAUUUAUUGUGGUCAUUCCAGUCCAGAGACAUUCAACAGCAAUGUGAAAGACUCACAGCAUGACAAGACACAUGAAAACUGCGAUGAAAUUGAGGUUAUCACAUAAAAAAUAAUCAUUAAACUUUUCAUAAAUAAAUGUAGAAAUAUUACUGUUGUAUUACUUAAAAGUGAAUUCGAAGAGUUUUCUUUGCGGUGUUUGAGGUCUGAACAAAUACAGAGCAUCUUUUCUAUUCCCCGAUGCAAAUAGACAUUAUAUUUUAUUUGAAAUUUGGGAGAAAUAUUGUUAGUAGUUCACAGAUAAAAAUAAAAAUAAACAUGGUCUCUGUAAAUAUAUACAAAUAGGCUAUAUAUUGUAAAACUACCUUUUAACCACUGUCUGGUUCCCAGUUCUGCAACAACAUAUUUCUGCUCGAUGAUUAUUGUGGACAAAAUUGACUGAUAACAAUAAAAAAAAUUGAUGUAAUU